AUGUCGCAGGCGAGGCCGCUACGCUGGACGUUGACGCCGCGUUCCGUCGUGUCCCCAUUCACCCUUCCCAACAAAGACACUUCGUCAUUGAGUGGAAGGGGAGGUGCUAUAUGGAUCACGUCGCGCCCGUUCGGGCCGUCCAGCUCCCCAGGUGUCUUUGGACGUAUUGCCGAUGCAAUCAAAGCGCUAUAUAUCGCGAAUAACAUGGGGCCGUUGAAGAAGUGGGUCGAUGAUUUCCUUUUCUUUCGCUUCCCUCCAUCUGCAGCCGAACCCCCUGGCUUUCGAUACGGACUCGACGAAAUUUACGCGUUGGCGGACACCCUUGGGUGGCCGUGGAAGCCUUCGAAAACGCGACCAUUUGCAGCAACGUUUAGAUAUAUCGGUUUUAUCUGGGAUCUGACAGCAAAAACCGUCGAGAUCCCCGCGGAGAAAAAAGCACGCUACAUCACGAAGCUGGAAGCCUGGACACGAGGCGCACGCUUUUCUCGCAAAGAGGCGGAGUCCGUCCUCGGCACCUUGGUUCACUGUUCGCUUGCCCUCCCUGAGGGGCGCUCCCGCCUACCGGCCAUCUCCAGUUUCGCCGCGUCGUUUGCGCACUCAAAGUCUUCAUUCUCGAAGAGAACGCCAAACGCGACUGUUCUAGAAGACCUCGCUUGGUGGCGCGCAGAACUUGCAAAUACUUUUUGCGGUUCCGCAUUGAUUCGCCCACCUGCAAUCCACCCUGUUGAGUUCUAUGUAGACGCGUCCACGUCCUUUGGCAUUGGCGUGAUUUUCGAUGGCGUUUGGCAGUCCUGGCAGUUGCGCCCGGGGUGGAAAGCUGAGGGCCGUGAUAUUGGCUGGGCGGAAAUGCUGGCAAUCGAGCUCGGCCUUCGCUUGGCCAUUCACCGAGGGUUCUCUGACACUCAUUUCAAAGUCAACUCCGAUAACGAGGGUGUCAUCGGUGCACUCGACGGCGGAAAAUCACGAAAUCCGGAACAAAAUCGGAUUCUACGCCGAAUCGUUUCACUACUCCGAUCACAUUCGUUAUGGGUCACUACGACUUACAUUCCGUCAGCACUCAACGUAGCAGACAGACCUUCUCGGGGUUUAGAGCCAGAGCCGCCAAUCCCUAAGGCACCUUCGUUCACUUUACCCUUUUGUAUACGUGAAUUCUUGUAUUGA